AUGCCGGAGACAUCCAUCUUGCUCAAGCCUGCGCCCUACCACGUGCUCUCUUAUGGCACGUUGUUGGGGACGACCUUUUUCCAUUCAUUCGUCAAUGGCGUCGUCCAGUUCAAGACUCUGCCCCGGCCUCAGUUUUCCGCCUUGCAGGCCAGGCUGUUCCCAAUCUACUUUGGCAUCCAGUCGGCCGUGCCGCUGGUUCUCGCCAUCACGUACCCUGGCGGCGGUCCCAAUCACGACUCUGCGGGCAUCACGGGGCUGCUCCAGACCAGCAACCGCUGGGGUUUCCUCGUACCCAUUGCCACCAUUUGUGCGACCGGCCUUGUGAAUUUGCUGGUGCUCCUGCCAGCUACCACAAAGGUCAUGGCCGAGAGAUAUAGCCAGGAACGAAAAGAUGGCAAGAAAAGCUACGACUCGGCUCCACACUCGCAAGAGAUGCUGGCCCUCAACAAGAAGUUUGGCAAGCUGCACGGCAUCUCGACGUUGUUGAACCUGACAUCGUUCAUCAUGGCCGUCGUCUAUGGUGUGGCCCUGUCCGGGCGCAUUGUGUAA